GGAUUUAUUAGAGUGGGUUACAGUCUGUGGUCCUGCUAACCUAACAAUGGCUAUCUCCCACCAAUAGGAAGUCCAAGAAUCCAGUCGUUGUUUAGUUCAUGGGACUGGAUAUCUCAGCUGGUCUUCAGUAUGUGCUGGAAUCAUCAACCUUAGCAUAGAAAUACAUACUCUUUCUUCAGGUCUUCAUUUCCUUAUGAAAGCGUCUGUGCUGUGAAACAUUUGUUUUGAACACAUCUUGAUGCUUUUUCCUUCCUGGUCUGUCUUCUUUUGCAUUGGUAUUAGCCAUGAACAUAGCAUCGGUGAAACAAAGGCAUUCUCUCCUACAGAAUUAUGGGGUAGGCAUGAGUCAGGAAAAGGUGCACAGACCUGAAAGUGCCAAGGGAUAUGCCUGUAUGGAACCAGACAGGCAAAGAGUGUUCUGAGCAGGUGUGAGGAUGUCACAAAGAUCAACACUGAAGACAGUGCUUGACAGAACACAGGGCCAGGUCAGUCUGGAAAUGUAUGUGCCCAGAGAGGUGACAGCAGUGUGACGCAUGGGAAUGAAUGCUUGGAGGCUCCGGUACUUGACCAUAAAGGCAGUGGGGUUCACUGCACAUUUGGGCAAUGUUGUCUUUUGUUUUGUUUUAAAUUUUACAAUGGAAAUGAGAUAACAUAUACAAAAAUAAACUAGUAUAACAAGUAUCUUCUUACUUAUUAUCCAGAUGCAUUAAUUAUUAAUAUAUGGCCAGCUUAUUUCAUUUAAAUUUUUCCAUUGCUUGCUUCUUGCCCACUGGAUUAUUUGAAUUAAAUCAGUCCUAUCAUUUAAUUUGUCAGGGAUUCAAGAUGUAUCUUUAAGAGAAAAAAAAAUCUUCCUUUUUUUAACAUACCACAAUUUCAUUCCUACAUCUUCAGAAUGUACAAUAAUUUCAUAAUGGGAUCUGUUUUAGUUUCCUUUCUGUUGCUGUGAUUAAAGUGCCCUGGACUAAAAGUGCAUUCAGGAGGAAAGAGUUUGUUCAAUUUAUAAUUGCAGACCCCAAUCCAUUAUUGCAGGAAGUCAAGGCGAGAACUUGAAGGAGCUACACCCAUAGUGAAAAGCAAAGAAUAGUAAAUGCUCUAAGGAAAAUAAGUCAGAAAAGCAGACUGUCUCAGUCUUAACAGUCGGAAGCUGCUUUGCUGGACCAGUGGGGGCACCAAACUUUCUGCAGGCUGAGCUCCUUCAGAGGCACUGGGAUGGACGCUGGUUGUGGGGAUUUGGGGCUUUUUGUCUUGUUUUCAGCACUACAGAUCAAACCUAGGGCCUUCUGCAUCUUAGGUAAGCGCUCAGUCUACCUUAGAAGAGUGACAUCCCUAGCCCUAUUUUAAGUUCACGACUUGCAAUUUCCUCACCUCUCUUCUGGUAGAACUUAGUCACAUGAUUAUACCUACCUUCAGGGAAAAUGUCAUAUAUUAUCUAGUGUCAUGCUAAGAUUCUGGGGUGCUGUUGCUAAAGUAGGAAAAGAAGGAGGUGAGGGAGGGGGAAAUUGUGGAGAGUGAAUGAAGUCUUGAGUGAAUGUAUUUUAUUGGCAUGACACCCAUGUCAAGGACCACAGUGCCUCUGACCUAUGAGUCAAGUCUUAUGAAUGGCAAAGACUUGCCCUGCUCCCAAUACUGAUUUAACUAAAACCAGGGUGCACAUAAAUUAUCAACUGCAGCUUCCUGGUCUGGGAUGCUGACACUGUAUGCAAGAUUGCUUGAAGGAGUCAGGUUGGGAAGGGUGAUUUUUCUGGGAAAGGCAUUGGAAGAAAAUGCUGCCAUGGGGUGUUGGAAGGAGGAGUAAACCUUCUCCUGGCUUCCCGCUGCUAUGCUCUACCCUAAAGCUCAUGAAGGAGCAAGAGCAGUUCCACUGAGAAGGCCACCCUGAGAAGCAGGCAGCUAGGCAGAUCUGAUCACAGCAGGAAGCAAGAAAACAGCCACGGGGGAGGAUUAAUCUGAAGCCACAACACAUAUUUGUGUAGCUUUCCUCCAGGUCUGGGGGUUACCAUCCAGGUGCUUGUCCAUGAAGUUACAUGGGGGAACAGCUCCUAAGCCUGAGUACUUGUAUGCAAAGUCUGCCAAGUGUUUAUGAACAUAAUAAAUGACUCUCUCGACAGGGAAAUGGUCCUACAACUCUUCUGAGAAGUAAGAAGGCCGAGCUGUGCACUCAGGUUUCCCUCAGCCAUCCAUCAUUGUCAAGGAUUCGUGGGAAGGCAAUACCCAACCUACAAAGGAGGCGACUGCAUGUACCUUUGGACUUAAAUGGCUCAGUGUGGAUCCCACCUAGCAAAAAGUGACUUCACCAACAUUUCCAUGAAAAAUAUUUAUAAAACUUCAAGAGAAAAAAAGUUGUCAUCAAUGAAGAAAAACAAUGGAAUCUACUUUAAACCUAGCAUCAGUAAUGCCAGCUGUGGAAGGGGCAAAGCCUCUUUUUCUGGAAGUAAAUUCUUGCUGCCUCAAUAGUCAGCAAAAGUAUCCAUCUGUGAGAAGGCAGAAGAAAAAUACUUUUUUUUUCAGAGAUGCAAAGGCUUAGAAUGAUUUCUUAGCUUGUCGCUUUCCCUGGAACCUUUUCUUAUCAGGUAAACUACAGAUGUUUUCCAGAAAAGAGACGGCUAUGGAUUUAGGAACAAAUGAAUCAUAAGCCACCUUGGUACUGACCCAGUGGACAGAGCCAAGAUCUGGCGCAGAGACAAACAUUCAGGAGGGACAGCAAGCAAGACUGAAAAUACUUGGUUAAAACAGAGGUGACAAGAAACUCAAGGGAAACACAAACAUCUGAACACAACAGCCAUCGGCCAUGCUGUAGCAUCCUAGGGAGCUGUGCAAGCCCAUGGCUACCACAGAAACAGGACAAGGAUGUGACUGAUGAAUCACAAAACCCAGCUAGCACCUCCAAAGGAAGAUUUCUCCCAACGACUCAAGAGCCCUAGAGAACCUGCCAUAUCAAAUAAAAAGAUGAAGUCAGCAAACAGAAAAUGAAAGCCACCCAAGGGCUGGAGGGUUCCCUCGUAGCCACUUCUAUCCAGGUCCUGAAUUUCUCUUCACCAUGGCCUGUAACAGCACACCCAUGGGGACUUACGAACAUCUGCUGCUGAAUGUGAGCAACACUUUGGACCCUGGGGACACCCCACUGUCUGCACCGCUCAGGAUCUCGCUGGCAAUAAUGAUGCUGCUGAUGAUCGUGGUAGGAUUCCUUGGCAACACGGUGGUCUGCAUCAUCGUGUACCAGAGGCCAGCCAUGCGUUCAGCUAUCAACCUGCUGCUGGCCACCUUGGCCUUCUCCGACAUCAUGCUGUCUUUAUGCUGCAUGCCAUUCACGGCCAUCACCCUCAUCACUGUUCGCUGGCAUUUCGGGGACCACUUUUGUCGGCUUUCAGCUACUCUCUAUUGGUUUUUUGUCCUAGAGGGCGUGGCCAUCCUGCUCAUCAUUAGCGUGGACCGGUUUCUCAUCAUCGUGCAGCGUCAGGACAAGCUGAACCCACGCAGGGCUAAGAUGAUCAUCGCGGCCUCCUGGGUGCUGUCUUUCUGCAUCUCUGCGCCCUCCUUCACUGGCUGGACGUUCAUGGAGGUGCCUGCUCGAGCCCCACAGUGCGUGCUAGGCUACACUGAGUUCCCAGCUGAACGCGCCUAUGUAGUGACACUGGUGGUGGCAGUGUUCUUUGCUCCCUUCGGCGUCAUGUUGUGCUCCUAUCUGUGCAUCCUCAAUACGGUGCGGAAGAACGCUGUCCGUGUGCACAACCAGUCGGACAGCCUGGACCUCAGACAGCUGACCGGAGCUGGCCUGAGACGUCUCAGACGGCAGCAGCAGCAGGCCAGCCUGGACCUGAGUUUCAAAACCAAGGCCUUCACCACCAUCCUCAUCCUCUUCGUGGGCUUUUCACUCUGCUGGCUGCCACACUCAGUCUACAGCCUGCUGUCUGCGUUCAGCCGGCGGUUCUAUUACAGCGCCUCCUUCUACACCACCAGCACAUGCGUCCUGUGGCUCAGUUACCUCAAGUCUGUUUUCAACCCCAUCGUCUACUGCUGGAGGAUCAAGAAAUUCCGCGAGGCCUGCAUAGAGUUGCUUCCCCACACUUUCCAAAUCCUCCCUAAAGUGCCUGAGCGGAUCCAGAGGAAAAUCCAGCCAAGCACCAUCUAUGUGUGCAACGAAAACCAAUCCGCUGUCUAGGGAGCAGGUCAGCACAGGCCAACAGUCCACUCAAUUGGUCCCGGCUUAGACCCUGCUCCCUAGACUUUAGUUGUCUGCGUUUUGUGGUGACUACACAAGCACAAAGGUACUCAUUUGUUACCAGGUGAUCUGUGGCUUUCAAUUUUCCAGUUUCCAUAAGAUGAAUUAUUUUCUCUCUCUCUCUCAGAGAAACUAUAUAUAUAGCUCUCAUGGGAAUUGGGGCUUGCAGAAGUCGGCCAGAAAGUGAGAAGGGAUGGGGAAAGCCAAAGGUGACGCUGGCUGAGGGUAGGGCAAGAGGAGGAUCUAUCAAUAGGGUAUAUCCCCCCCCCACACACACACACACACAAAGACACUCCACAUGCUCAGAAGUCCCUGGUGGCAGAUUGUCGUGGCCAUUGUUCACUCUGAUGCCAGCAUUCUUCAGAGUUGUGUCUGUAGGGUCUGGGUACAGCACAGAGGUCUUCAUAAUCUUCAACUGUGUGUUUCUGGUCACAUAAAAUUAUCGUUUCUAGAAAGAAAUCACGUUGGGUUUGGGAUGUUCUUGAGGUCCCCAGUGUGGCAGGUGAUGGUGGUGUCAGUGGCUCAAAGCCUUGAUCAUAUGUAUUGUGGCAGCUUAACUGAAAUGAGGAAUCCACCCAGACACUCACUCAGGCAUGUGCCCACCCCUUACACAUCCGGCUAGCCUGACAGUCCCUGUCUAUCUGUUCCUGUCCCCUUUGGCCCCUUCGUUUGCAUCCUUUCCAGUGUGCUAAGAACAUACCUAGUGUCCCUCGUCCACGGGGCAAAUGUUUGUAGUGGCUUGCUCUCAGAAGCAGGGGCAGCCAGUGGCCCUGGCUUUGUUUACACAUCUCUGGACAACCCAGAGCCUUGUGAGGCACCAAAUCCACACUAGCAACAGAAUUGCUAUAGGGACAGAACAGACACCCCUCCCCAAAGUGGGGCUUAUACCCGUCCACCUCAGUUCCUCCUACCUCACUCAUGUCCACUGCUGCUGCCGAAUCCUCUUGCCCAGAACCUGAUCCUGGGUGUGAAGUCGCUUAGAGGAGACAUUCUGCGUGGACCCUACACUUGGCCACUAUGCUUGUGGCCGGCCACCUGUCAUGACAGCUUCCAGUGUAGGAAGAAGGCGAGCGAGUCCUGCACAUCUGGGGCACAGCAGUGGGUCCAUUGAGCUCUCUUUACAAAGUCAGAUCUGAAGAGAGGGAGAAGUUCAGAGAAUCUGAUUCCAGGUCUGACUCUUAUCAGGGACCAGUUAGUAAUCCUGUUCAUUUCAUCUCCUACCGUCAGCCUCAGUUUACCUGUUUGUUAAAGGAGGAGGCGGGUCUACAUGGCUUCAGUCCCCUACAUUCUACACUUAACAUUAGCCAAACGGCUAAGAAGUGACAAGUCCCCUGGGUUCUCAACUGGAUGUUUUCUUCAUGGGAUCACCAGGUCCCAUGCACUCAUGUAUUCACCCGUAGGUGGGCAUUUAUUAAGUGCCUAUUGGAUGCAAUGCACUGUGCAAGUGAUAGUGGUAGAGAAAGGCUGGAUGGCACCCAAACUUAAUUGAUUUAUCUCAGGAGUGUGAGAACUCAGCCCACUUUGCUCAUUUCUUAUCUCUCUCCAAGUCAUACUCAGACACUAGCUCCCUACUCUCUCACUCUCUGUGGUGAUGGAGACAGUGCAGGAAGCUGCGGUGUGACGAGAACAUAACUUAUGUUAAGUUCAGCCCAGGGAAGUGUGUCUGCCAAGAAAACGACUGACCCGUUUCCAUCAGAAAAGAGGGAAAGAGAGAGAAGAUGGGACUGGUGUCAUCAAAGCUAGUGCCACCAAUCCUAUGCCUCUCUCAGUGCCCCCGCAAGGAUCAGACUAGCCUCAGCUUCUAUGGGUUAGGUUUGCAGGGCCCAAUGGUGCCCAAGAGAAUUGCCAGACCACUGUCGGGGGCAAGCAUAUGGGCACCUCUCCUCCAGUGGUAUUUUAGAGAAUUUUUUCAGGAACCUUGAACAAAAACCUUGUGAUUACAAAACUGAAUGAAGGUACCAAAAUUUACAUCAAUGUGUGUUAUAUGAUAUAUGUUGGAUAGUAAUAUAUAUGUUUCAAAGUAAUAAUUUUGUAUAUAUUUUAAAUAAAGUGUUAUGGCUCUUUCAGUGUA